UAUGUCAAAAUGGGUCUGCUGAUGUUUACACAACUACUGCUCUGUGGAUUUUUAUAUGCUCGGAUUGAUGGAUCUCGUCUUCGCCAGGAAGACUUUCCCCCACGGAUUGUGGAGCACCCUUCAGAUGUCAUUGUCUCUAAGGGAGAGCCCACCACUUUGAACUGCAAGGCAGAGGGCCGGCCAAUGCCCACCAUUGAGUGGUACAAGGAUGGUGAGCGGGUGGAGACUGACAAGGAUGAUCCCAGGUCACACAGGAUGCUUCUGCCCAGCGGAUCCUUAUUCUUCUUGCGCAUUGUGCAUGGGCGCAGAAGUAAGCCUGAUGAAGGAAGCUAUGUUUGUGUUGCAAGGAACUAUCUUGGUGAAGCCGUGAGUCGAAAUGCAUCUCUGGAAGUGGCAUUGCUACGAGAUGACUUCCGGCAAAACCCCACAGAUGUUGUUGUGGCAGCUGGAGAGCCUGCGAUCCUAGAGUGCCAACCUCCCCGGGGACACCCAGAACCCACUAUCUACUGGAAAAAAGACAAAGUUCGAAUUGAUGAUAAAGAAGAAAGAAUAAGUAUUCGUGGUGGGAAGCUGAUGAUCUCCAAUACCAGGAAAAGUGAUGCCGGGAUGUAUACUUGUGUUGGCACCAAUAUGGUGGGAGAAAGAGACAGUGACCCAGCUGAGCUAACUGUCUUUGCUUUAUCUCCACCAUCUGGAAAGAAUAUAGACAAAAUUUCUCUACUACUAAGAGUUGGGGAGUGCAAGUUGUCGUGUGAGCACAUUGGCCCAUCUGCUGAGAAUCUCAGUUCAGGAAAAAUGGUGGAACUGGCAAUUAAUUUGGGCUCUGGCCAGUGGUCAACUAGCAAGCUGGGACACACUUGGAAUAUGAAAUGCCUUGGAGUCAGAGAUGCUCUGCUGUCCAUUAACUGGCUGCUAUUAUGCUGCAUAUGGAAAUUAUUUGCUUACCACAAUAGGGAAGAGGGAGAGACUGGAACUGGGAAAUAUGACAUCAAAGACGAUUACACACUGAGAAUUAAAAAGGCCCUGAGUUCAGAUGAAGGUACAUAUAUGUGUAUCGCUGAGAAUCGGGUUGGAAAAGUCGAAGCCUCUGCUACCCUCACAGUUAGAGCUCCUCCACAGUUUGUGGUUAGGCCAAGAGAUCAGAUUGUUGCUCAAGGUCGAACAGUGACAUUUCCCUGUGAAACUAAAGGAAACCCACAGCCAGCUGUUUUUUGGCAGAAAGAAGGCAGCCAGAAUCUGCUUUUCCCUAACCAGCCCCAGCAGCCCAACAGUAGAUGCUCAGUGUCGCCAACUGGAGAUCUCACUAUUACCAACAUUCAACGUUCAGACGCGGGUUACUACAUCUGCCAGGCCCUGACUGUGGCCGGAAGCAUUUUAGCAAAGGCUCAGCUGGAGGUUACAGAUGUUUUGACAGAUAGACCUCCACCCAUAAUCCUACAAGGCCCUGCCAACCAAACACUAGCAGUAGAUGGUACAGCAUUACUGAAAUGUAAAGCUACUGGUGAUCCUCUUCCUGUAAUUAGCUGGUUAAAGGAAGGAUUUACUUUUCUGGGUAGAGACCCAAGAGCAACAAUACAAGAACAAGGAACACUGCAGAUUAAGAAUUUACGGAUUUCUGAUACUGGCACCUAUACUUGUGUGGCUACAAGUUCAAGUGGGGAGACAUCCUGGAGUGCUGUGCUGGAUGUGACUGAAUCUGGAGCAACAAUCAGUAAAAAUUAUGAUUUAAAGGACUUGCCAGGACCACCAUCCAAACCACAGGUCACUGAUGUUUCUAAGAACAGUGUCACCUUGUCCUGGCAACCAGGUACCCCUGGAACUCUUCCAGCGAGUGCAUAUAUCAUUGAAGCAUUUAGCCAAUCAGUAAGCAAUAGCUGGCAGACAGUGGCAAACCAUGUAAAGACCACCCUCUACACUGUCCGAGGACUGCGGCCCAAUACGAUCUACUUAUUCAUGGUCAGAGCUAUCAACCCCCAAGGUCUCAGUGACCCCAGUCCCAUGUCAGAUCCCGUGCGCACACAAGAUAUCAGCCCACCAGCACAAGGCGUGGACCACAGACAAGUACAGAAAGAACUAGGGGAUGUCAGUGUCCGUCUUCAUACUCCAGUUGUAUUGACUCCCACCACAGUUCAAGUUACUUGGACCGUGGAUCGUCAGCCCCAAUUUAUUCAAGGCUACCGGAUUAUGUAUCGGCAGACUUCUGGUCUGCAAGCUACAUUGGCAUGGCAGAAUUUAGAUGCCAAAGUCCCAACUGAAAGAAAUGCUGUUUUAGUCAAUCUGAAAAAGGGAGUAACUUAUGAAAUUAAAGUUCGACCAUAUUUUAAUGAGUUCCAAGGAAUGGAUAGUGAAUCUAAAAUAGUUCGUACUACUGAAGAAGCCCCAAGUGCUCCUCCACAAUCUGUCACUGUGUUAAUAGUUGGAAGUCACAAUAGCACAAGUAUUAGUGUUUCCUGGGAUCCACCUCCUCCAGAUCAUCAGAAUGGAAUUAUCCAAGAAUACAAGAUCUGGUGUUUGGGAAAUGAAACUCGAUUUCAUAUCAACAAAACUGUGGAUGCAGCCAUUCGAUCUGUUAUAAUUGGUGGAUUAUUCCCAGGUAUUCAAUAUCGGGUAGAAGUUGCAGCUAGUACCAGUGCAGGGAUUGGAGUAAAAAGUGAACCACAGCCAAUAAUAAUUGGAGGGCGUAAUGAGGUUGUCAUUACUGAAAACAAUAACAGCAUAACCGAACAAAUCACUGAUGUUGUGAAGCAACCAGCGUUUAUAGCUGGUAUUGGUGGUGCCUGCUGGGUAAUUUUGAUGGGUUUUAGCAUCUGGUUGUAUUGGCGAAGAAAGAAAAGAAAGGGACUCAGUAAUUAUGCUGUUACAUUUCAAAGAGGAGAUGGAGGACUAAUGAGCAAUGGAAGCCGCCCAGGACUUCUAAAUGCUGGGGAUCCCAGUUAUCCGUGGCUUGCAGAUUCUUGGCCAGCCACCAGCUUGCCUGUGAACAACAGCAAUAGUGGCCCAAAUGAGAUUGGAAAUUUUGGGCGUGCAGAUGUGCUACCACCAGUUCCAGGCCAAGGGGAUAAAACCGCAACAAUGCUCUCAGAUGGAGCCAUAUAUAGCAGCAUUGACUUCACAACCAAAACCACUUACAACAGUUCCAGUCAAAUAACACAGGCUACCCCAUAUGCUACCACACAGAUCUUACAUUCCAAUAGCAUUCAUGAAUUGGCUGUCGAUCUGCCUGAUCCACAAUGGAAAAGUUCAAUUCAGCAAAAGACAGAUCUGAUGGGAUUUGGUUAUUCUCUCCCUGAUCAGAAUAAAGGUAACAAUGGUGGGAAAGGUGGAAAAAAGAAGAAAAACAAAAACUCUUCAAAACCACAGAAAAACAAUGGAUCAACUUGGGCCAAUGUCCCACUACCUCCUCCCCCAGUGCAGCCCCUUCCUGGUACAGAGCUGGAACACUAUGUGGUGGAGCAGCAAGAAAAUGGCUAUGACAGUGAUAGCUGGUGCCCACCUUUACCAGUACAAACAUACUUGCACCAGGGCAUGGAAGAUGAGUUGGAAGAAGAUGAUGAUCGAGUCCCAACACCUCCUGUCCGAGGCGUGGCUUCAUCUCCUGCUAUCUCCUUUGGGCAACAAUCCACUGCAACUCUUACUCCAUCCCCACGAGAAGAGAUGCAACCCAUGUUGCAGGCUCAUCUGGAUGAACUGACAAGGGCCUAUCAGUUUGACAUAGCAAAACAAACAUGGCACAUUCAAAGCAAUAACCAACCUCCUCAGCCUCCGGUUCCACCAUUAGGCUAUGUGUCCGGAGCCUUGAUUUCUGAUUUGGAAACAGAUGUUCCAGAUGAUGAUGCUGAUGAUGAAGAGGAAGCUUUAGAAAUACCCAGACCCCUGAGAGCACUAGAGCAGACACCAGGAUCCAGCAUGGACAAUCUAGACAGCUCUGUGACAGGUAAAGCCUUUCCUUCCUCUCAAAGACCUAGACCAACCAGCCCAUUUUCUACUGACAGUAACACCAGUGCAGCCCUGAGUCAAAGUCAGAGGCCUAGGCCCACUAAAAAACAUAAGGGAGGGCGAAUGGACCAACAACCAGCACUACCUCAUCGAAGGGAAGGAAUGACAGAUGAGGAGUCCUUGGUGCCCUAUAGCAAGCCCAGUUUCCCAUCGCCAGGUGGUCACAGCUCAUCAGGAACAGCAUCCUCAAAAGGAUCCACAGGACCCAGGAAAGCUGAGGUAUUGAGGGGAGGCCACCAGCGCAAUGCCAGCGACCUUCUUGACAUAGGAUAUAUGGGCUCAAAUAGUCAAGGACAGUUUACAGGUGAAUUAUGUAAGUGCUUAAGGACAUUAUACAAAGCUACCAUGAUCCAGAAAGAAUAUAGGAUUAAUAACAUUGCUGUAAUGAAUAAACUCAAUCCAAAAUAA